AUAAGCACAUCCUUCACAAAACAAAAAAAAAAUGGGGGGAGCAAAGGUGGCUGUUCUGGUGCUUCUGGCGGUGUUGUCAGUAUCACCGGCGGCAGGAAGAAUGUGGAAAACCACCGCGCCAGUUUCUUCUUCUUCUUCCUCUUCUUCUUCUGGGUCUUCUAUUGUCCUCCCACUGCUAGGCAAUGUUCAUCCCAAAGGCUAUUAUUAUGCUCAAGUCUACAUAGGGAAGCCACCAAAGCCCUAUUUUCUUGAUCCCGACACUGGCAGUGAUCUCACCUGGCUUCAGUGUGAUGCUCCCUGCACAAGUUGCUUGGAGGCACAUCACCCGUUAUAUAAGCCCAAUAAAGACUUGGUGAGUGCAGAGGACCCUCUUUGCGAUUCAUUGCAGUCAAGUGAACAAAAAAAUGAGCUACUGGAGCAAUGUGACUAUGAAGUUGAGUAUGCAGAUGGUGCUUCUUCCCUCGGAGUCCUCCUUAAAGAUGUUUUUUCGCUCAAUCUCACAAACGGGAAUAGGGCUGAACGCCCUCUAGCCUUAGGAUGUGGGUAUGACCAGAAAGUUGCUCACCAUUACCAUCCUGUAGAUGGAGUACUUGGACUUGGGAAAGGACCCACCAGCAUUUUGUCACAGCUUAAAAAAAUGGGUGUGGUGCGUAAUGUUGUUGGCCAUUGCUUGAGUGGGAAAGGAGGAGGAUAUCUCUUCUUUGGCGAUAAGGUCUAUGAUGCUUCACCUUCACAUGUAGUUUGGACUCCAAUGUUGCAUGACGACCAGAAGCACUACUCACUUGGAUCUGCAGAGCUGAUUUUUGAUGGUACUCGUACAAAUGUUAAGAAUCUUCAUGUAACCUUUGACAGUGGGAGUUCUUAUAGCUAUCUACAUUCUGAGCCAUACCAAACUUUAAUUUCUUUGGUGGACAAAGGACUAAGUGGGAAGCCCCUGAGAAGAGUAGAUCAUGACAAGACUCUCUCACUAUGUUGGAAGCAGGGAAAUAAUAAGCCUUUCAAAAGUUUGCAGGAUGUCAAACAAUACUUCAAACCUUUUUCACUUAGCUUUGCCAAUGCUUGGUGGCAUUUGUGGAAUCCUUAUUCAUAUUUUGAAAUCUCACCGGAAUCAUAUCUUAUCAUCUCUUCUGAAGGCAAUGUCUGUUUGGGGGUGCUAAACGGUACCGAACAAGGUUUAGGCGAUACUAAUAUAAUCGGAGAUAUAUCAAUGCAAGAUAAAAUGGUUUAUAUAAACUACAAUUGGGUCACUAAUGGAUUAGCUUCUAGCAACAACAAAAUUUGGAUUUUCUCGAAUGAGGAUACUCUCCUGCUCCAAAAUAACAAUGAGGAUGAACAGCUGGUCAACUGUGAUUUUUUGGAGGCAGACACUAAAGAUCAAGUAAGAAUCACUACUGUUUAUGUUUAUGGUAAACACAGUUGUAAGGAAAGAAGGGGUCUUUGGCACAGUUUGCAAACCCUCCAAACCAACAACAAAUGGGUUGUUGGAGGGGAAUUCAAUAUCAUUGCUGAAUGGAGUGAACACAAAGGUAAGACUAUGCCUAAUCAAACUGACAUGAAGGAGUUCAAGGACUGCAUUGCAUCAUGUAAUCUAAACCACCCUCACACACAAGGAUCUAUCUUUACCUGGUCAGGAGGUAGAAGGAAUGGCAUGGUGUUCAGAAGGUUGGACAGAGCAUUAGUUAAUGAAACAAUUUUGCAAUACUUUGAUGAUAUUUGUGUUAAACACCUAAGCAAGUCAACUUCUGACCAUAAGCCUGUACUUCUCACUUGCUUUAAAGAAGAACUUGGGGGCCCAAAACCUUUUAGAUUCAUUGAUUCCUGGGCUCUUCACCCCUCCUUUCUUAAGGUGGUCAAUGAAUAUUGGAAAGCACUCACCCCUAUGGAGGAGGCAGAAGAACAAGCUAUUUCAGCCCAGGAGGCAUAUGAGCAGGAUCCUAAUCCUAAUAACAGAGAGGCAGAUAACAAAGCCAGGGCUCAUCUCAUUCAAGCUACUAAUAUUGAACUACUAUUCUGGAAACAAAAGGCAAAUCUCAAAUGGAUUUCAGAGGGAGACUGCAACUCUAAGUUCUAUCAUGCUUUUGUUAAAGGCAGAAGGGCUAAAGCUAAAAUAAGAUUCAUUUAUGAUCAGGCAGGUAAAGAGCACAGAGAUAUGGAGAACAUUAGCACGAGAGCUAUUGAUCACUUCACAAAUGUUUUCAGUAACACCCAAUCCAUUCAAGUAGACCCUAUGAUGGAUUACCUGGAGGAAGUAAUUACAGCUGAGGACAAUGAGAGAAUUUGUAAAUUACCCUUUAAGGAGGAAAUUAAAGCUGCAGUCUGGUCUCUUGAUCCUGGAAGUGCUCCAGGGCCAGAUGGCUUCAAUGGCACCUUCUUCAGAACCUACUGGAAUAUUAUUAAAACAGAUGUUAUUAGUGCCACACAGGAAUUUUUCACUGGUGUCCCUAUACCCAAGGCAUAUGGAAGCACCUUUAUAACACUUAUUCCCAAAAAUGAAAAACCUAGAGUCUUUGGAGACUACAGGCCAAUUUCCUUGUCCACCUUCAUGAGCAAAAUUAAUACAAGGAUUCUUGUUGAUAGGAUUCAAGCUAUUCUCCCUAAAAUUAUUUCUGCUGAGCAAACUAGUUUCCAAAAGGGCAUGGGGGUAGAGGAACAAAUUCUUUUGGUUGAGGAAAUGGUUCACAAAAUUGACUCCAAGAUGACAUCAUCAUAUUCUGCAAUGGAGAAUGUAGAAAUAUCUAUAAACUGAAACAUAUUCUCAAUAUCUACAUGGGGGCCUCUGGACAACAGAUUAACUAUGGGAAGAAUAAGUUCUACAGUGGAAACAAACUCAGCAGGGCAGCCAUUAUCAAAAUAGAAGGAAUAUUGGGAAUGAAACAUGACAAAAUCC